UUGUCUUUUCCGUUCCCCUGGUGGGUCGUUCCCCCCACCUCCCCGCCCCGUCCCAUCCUUCACCCCAAAUCAUCGCCACGAUGUCGAGCGCAACGAAGAAGAAGGAGUCCGAGCUCUCUGGGCAAAUCGAGGAUUUCGUGGCGCUGCUGAAGCGGGGUGGGGAGAAGCCGUGCUCGGAGGAGGCUGCCCGGCAGACGGUGGGGCUGCUGCGGAGGAUCGUAGCCAACGGGCGGUGGGACAACGCGGGAGAGCUGAUGGAAUUGAUUCGUAAGGAGGGUCGGCGAAUGACUGCAGCCCAGCCAUCUGAGACCACUGUGGGUAACAUGGUGAGAAGAGUGCUGAAGAUAAUUCGUGAGGAGUAUGGCAGGCUGCGAGGGCGCAGUGAGGAGAGUGACCAGCAGGAAUCGCUACACAAACUUCUGACUUCUGAAGGCCUCAAUGAGGAUUUCAACACUCACUAUCCCCUACUUAGGGCCAAUAUCAUCGAAACCAUUAAUGAGCUAUUGAUUGAACUAGAAGGCACAACUUACAACAUCGCCACACAGGCCCUGGAGCACAUCCACUCCAAUGAGGUGAUCAUGACUAUUGGCUAUUCGCGCACAGUGGAGGCCUUCCUGAAGGAAGCAGCACGCAAGAGGAAGUUCCAUGUCAUUGUGGCUGAGUGUGCCCCCUUUUGCAAGGGUCAUGAAAUGGCUGCCCGCUUGUCUAAAGAGAACAUAGAAACCACUGUCAUGAGUGAUGCAGCUAUCUUUGCUGUCAUGUCUCGUGUCAACAAGGUUAUUAUUGGGACAAAGACUAUCUUGGCCAAUGGUGCAUUGAUAGCGGUCAGUGGUACACAUACCUUGGCACUGGCAGCUAAGCAUCACUCAACCCCUCUCAUUGUUUGUGCACCUAUGUUCAAGCUCACACCACAAUUUCUUAAUGAAGAUGACUCAUUCCACAAGUUUGUCUCUCCACAGGAAGUGUUGCCUUUCACAGAAGGGGAGAUUCUGUCUAAGGUCAAUGUUCACUGUCCAGUCUUUGACUACGUUCCUCCAGAACUUAUCACUCUUUUCAUCUCAAACAUUGGUGGCAACGCUCCUUCCUAUAUCUAUCGUCUCAUGCAUGAACUCUAUCACCCGGAUGACCGUGAACUUUGAAUUAUUGAUACAAUAUAUAUCACAGAACAGAGGUGUAUGUUUUCCAUGAAGAAAUAGCAACUAAAUAAAUCUGACCAUGCAUUUCUCUGUG